GCAGGAAGCAGCCGGGCGCCCGGCUCGGCCCCUUCGGCAGCCAUGCGGGAGGCGCAGCCUCUGACAGCCGGGCGCGGGCAGGCCAAGAUGUUGCGGCUGGCUUUCCUCACUGCGCUCUUCGUGCUCUUCAGGCUGGUCCUGAAGCUCUCCUGGGUCCAGGUGAUCCCUGCCCUCUUCAUAUUCUACUUGGGCUCCGGGGGAUGGAAAUUCCUGCGCAUCGUCUUUAAGACAAUAAGGAGGGAUGUCACCACGGGGCUAGUCCUGAUGAGGGUGAAGUGGCAGGUGUGGUGGCACUUGAAGGGGAAAAACACCAUCCCCAAGAUCUUCCAGGAGACAGUCCGCAAGCACCCAGAGAAGACGGCGCUCAUCUUCCAGGGAACGGGCGAGAGCUGGACCUUCCGCCAGCUGGAUGAGUACUCUAGCCAGGUGGCCAACUACCUGUAUGAGCAGGGCUUCCGCUCCGGUGACGUUGUGGCCUUGUUCAUGGAAUCCCGCAACCAGUAUGUGGGUCUCUGGCUGGGGAUGGCCAAGAUUGGGGUGGAGGCGGCGCUCGUGAACUCCCACCUGCGCAUGGAGGCCCUGCUGCACUGCAUCAAUAUCUCCAACUCCAAGGCCGUGGUGUUCGGGGCUGAGAUGAUGGAAGCCAUGCAGGAGGUACAGCCCUCCCUGGGGAAAUCUGUUCGUCUCUUCUGCUCUGGAGAGUGGAAUCCAGAAUCUGCACCCCCAGGCACAGAACACCUGGACCCCUUCCUGGAGAUGGCUCCUCGGCACCUGCCAAGCCCCCCAAAGAAAGGUUUCCUAGAUAAACUCUUCUACAUCUACACCUCUGGCACGACGGGGAUGCCCAAGGCAGCCAUCGUGGUCAAUUGCAGGUACUACCGCAUGGCAUCCCUGGUGUAUUACGGAUUCCGCAUGAGGCCAGAUGAUGUGAUGUACGACUGCCUCCCUCUCUACCAUGCGGCAGGUAACAUUGUCGGGAUUGGCCAGUGCCUCCUCCAGGGGAUGACUGUGGUGAUCCGCAAGAAGUUCUCAGCCUCUCACUUCUGGGAUGACUGUGUGAAGUACAACUGUACGAUUGUCCAGUACAUUGGGGAGAUCUGCCGCUACCUCCUGAACCAGCCAUCCCAGGAGGUGGAGCGGCGGCACUGUGUGCGCAUGGCCCUUGGGAACGGGCUGCGGAUGUCCAUCUGGAAGGAAUUCAUCUCCCGCUUCGGGAUCCCCCAAAUCGCCGAGUUCUAUGGUGCCACCGAGUGCAACUGCAGCCUGGGCAACUUCGACAACAAUGUUGGUUCCUGUGGCUUCAACAGCAGGAUCCUGCCUGGGAUUUACCCCGUCACCUUGGUGAGGGUGGACGAAGACACCAUGGAGCUGAUCCGUGGGCCGGAUGGACUCUGCAUCCCCUGUAAACCAGGGGAGCCAGGACAGCUGGUAGGACGCAUCAUCCAGAGUGACCCUCUGCUGCACUUCGACGGCUACCUGAACCAGUCAGCCACCAGCAAGAAGAUCGCUCAUGACGUGUUCACCAAGGGGGACUUGACGUAUCUUACUGGAGACGUGCUGGUGAUGGAUGAAUACGGCUACAUGUACUUCCGGGACCGCACUGGGGACACCUUCCGUUGGAAGGGCGAGAAUGUCUCCACGACAGAGGUGGAAGGGACACUGAGCCGCAUCCUCCACAUGACAGACGUCGUCGUCUACGGGGUGGAGGUGCCAGGUACCGAGGGGAAGGCAGGGAUGGCAGCCAUUGCUGACCCCAAGAAUUCCUGCAACCUGGAGAGCUUUGCCAAUGAGCUGAAGAAGGCCCUGCCCUUGUACGCAUGGCCCGUCUUCUUGCGAGUGCUGCCAGAAGUCCAUAAGACAAGCACCUACAAAUUCCAGAAGGCAGAGCUGCGCAAGGAUGGAUUUGACCCCACCGUGGUGAAGGACAGGCUGUACUUCCUGGACUCCAGGCAAGGCUGCUACCUCCCACUGGACAUGGAAGCCUUCAGGAGGAUCCAGUCGGGACAACAGAAGCUGUAAUGGGCGAGGCUCUGCAAGUCACCUCUCAGAUCUCUCUGCUGUGUCAGAACGAGGAAGGAAAGGGUUAAAGGCUGACAUGAAGGGCAGGCGCGAGCUUUAUUUAACAAGUUUUACAGACACAGA